AUGUGUCUUCGACCAACACGAUACAUGAGUACUCCUGACUAUCUAUGUACUUGGAAUCAACUUAUGGUGGAUGUAUGUCUCAUCCAGAAAAAAGUUCAGGAAGCCGAAAUUGUCAAAGCAGGAUUAUGUUCAGCAGAAAUCUCCAGAGAUCAUCAAAGAGAUCCAUGUAAAGAAGAAAUCUUAUCGAAAUACGCCAUACGAGAAGACAGAAGCGGCUAUAAAGUUUUCAUGUGGCUGGUGAUAAAAUCAUUCUCGUCUAGCGAUAUCGGAACUUACAACUGCGUCUCUACUAAUUCUUUGGGAAGAGCUGAAGGAACUUUGAGACUGUAUGGCAAUAAACAUAUCCUUUAUGGUGUCGACACCUAUCCAACAGAGGUGGAGACUUCAGAUUGUAAUUCCGUGUUCAUGGAAAGGGUUCUGAUAGGCUGGAAGCAGGAUUGCUGCUGGAAGCGACCCCUGCUGGGUUCGAGUGGAGUCGGCCCAUUUCGUUACUUCGUGUUUGGGAGUAAAAGUGAUGGUGAACCGUUUGGUCACAAAAUUUUGAUUAUUUUGGUCAUCCUAGUUAGGGAUUAUUUUUGUCGACCAUUUUUACUAAUCUUGGUGUAA